AUGUCUCUCCCGCUGUCGCAGAUAACCUUCACCUUCACGGUCCUGGUCACUACAUAUCUCAUCCGCUAUACAGGCCAGGAUCCCAACCCACCCAAGCCCGAGGAUAAAUCUACAGCCAGAGAGAAGUCAUCAGCACGACCACUACCAGCAAAGGAUAAAGGACCCAAGAAAUCAGGCACGCGCCAUGUAUCAACCGACUCGCUUAUAAGCACAUACUUCAACGUGACGCCGGCACGAUACAUCAACAUAAUAACCGCCAUCGGCGUCGCACACGCUAUAUUCGCACUCAUCCCAGACGCCGGAAGAGAAGCGAUAUGCCCGAAUUACCACUCCAGCAGGACGAGCCCAUCGCCCAUGUACUUCACCUGGAACACCUACACAAGCUCAACCCUCCUCUUCAUCUGGACAUCCCUCCUCCUCCGCAUAGCGGCAUACCGGAGCCUGGGAUCGUCAUUCACAUUCCGCAUCACGAAGCCGACCUCGGGUCUGAAGACGACUGGGGUGCACAGAUUCAUCCGCCACCCGUCGUACACGGGGUACUUUGGGAGCACGAUUGGGAUGGUGAUGCUUUUUCUCCGGGCGCGCGGGUUGAUGGGGUGUAUUGUUGGUCCGGGCUUUGUGGGGAAGGUGGUGGAAGGGCUGUUUUGGGUGUGGGCGGUGGCGCUCGUCCCAGCGGUUUUCUGGGUCAGAGUCAGGGAGGAGGAGGCGUUUCUUGCGGAGGAGUUUGGGGAGGAGUGGGAGGCGUAUGUGGAGAGGACGUGGAUGUUUGUUCCGGGGGUUUUGUAG